UAAUGGUGGACCUAUAACAUCUCAUUUGUCGUUCUAAAAUUUGGAUACGUACUAUUUACUGCAUGACAAUGUCUUUCAGCAGAAUAAUUGUGCGAUCACUUUCUACAGGCUCUACUUCUCUGCAGAUGGUUAAGACUCCAGUUCAAGUAUUUGGAGUAGACGGACGAUAUGCUACAGCACUUUAUUCAGCUGCAUCAAAGCAAAAAUCAUUAAAUACUGUUGAAAAAGACCUUAUUAAAUUACAAGAUCUCAUGAAGAAAGAUAAAAAAUUAGAGGAAUUUAUAAAAAAUCCAUCGAUAAAGCGAAAAGAUAAAUCUGAAGCAUUGAAAGCAAUUAGUGGAAAAGUUAGUUUAUCUAAGGAAACUGCAAAUUUGUUGGGUUUAAUGGCAGAAAAUGGUCGACUUGCACAACUAAAUAAUGUGAUUAAUACAUUUAAAAUGUUAAUGUGCACUUCUAGAGGUGAAGUUUCUUGUGAAGUAAUUACUGCAAAACCACUUGAUGGAGACAUGACAUCUAAACUUCAAGCAUCUUUGAAAGGAUUUUUGAGUAAAGAUCAAUCCAUUGUGCUUACUACAAAAGUUGACCCUUCCAUUAUUGGAGGUAUGAUUGUAUCAGUAGGUGAUAAAUACAUUGACAUGAGUAUAUCUAGUAAAGUCAAGAAAUAUACAGAAAUUAUUACUAGCACAGUUUAAUCACUUUUUACAACAUUCAGUAAAAUAAGCAAAAAUAAGAUAUAUAGAGAUGUCACAUUCAUAAGUACUGUGUAUAUUAUUAAACAAUAAAUUAUUCCAAAUCU